GUAUGGAGAUGCCUUGACACCUGGACGGGGAAAAUUGUCUCAAUGAGGAAGAUUUACGUUGAUGAUAUGAAUGAUAUAGCUGCUGUUAUGAGAGAAGUUACCCCUCUCAUGGAUCUCAAGCAUCCUAACACUGUCAGAUUGCUAGAUGUAUUGAUCCACUCGAAUCGGGUUGAGCUUGUUUCUGAGCAUCUGGACUGUGACCUGCUCAAGUACCUUGAGAAACCAGAAAGGAUUACUCAGCCACAGAUAAAAGAGAUGCUGCGUCAGAUACUGAAGGGUCUUGCAAGCUGCCAUUCCAAGAAUCUUGUGCACGGGAACUUGACACCCAAGAGUCUGCUGAUAGACUGCAAGAGCGGGACUGUGAAGCUUUCUGUCUUUGGUCUCACCAGCAUCAAUAAUGUUGUUAGCCACCACUCACAUCAUCAUCAUCAUCAUCAUCAUCAAAGGCUUCAUCCAGAUCCAGGAGGAGAAUAUACUACGUGGGAGAUGAAUGCCGCAUACAUGGCACCUGAAGUGCUUCUGGGCCGCGAGGGAUGCUCCUUUGCUGCAGAUGUGUGGUCAGUGGGAUGUAUCCUCGCCCUUAUGCUUACCAGACAGCAUCUGUUUGCUAUGAAGGGAAAUGAACUGGGAGGUCAAAUACCAUCUCAGUUGGACCAUAUGUUCAGAAUUAGAGGUUCUCCUGAGUGGCUUCUUGGAAAUGCUUCCUCCAACUACCAGCUUCAGGAUCUGACAGCAAAGUUGAACUUUGGGGAUUCAGCUGGCCUUGAUCUUAUCAAGGUAAGUCACAGAAUUUGUUUCCUUCCUAUUCAUUCCUGGUUCCUGUAUUCCCUUCCGGUUAGAAGACAUGGUCAUGAUAGUGAUGAAGUAAUUGGUGUGGUUGUUUUCCAUUGUUGAGCAGAGAAUGCUGUGCUUAGAUCCAGCUCAAAGGAUUACAGUGAGUGAUGCUCUGGCGCAUGAGUACCUUACGAAUGCAUUAGUUAGUUAGCUGGGAUGAUGAACAACAACUGGUAAAUAGUGAAAAUGUGCUGCUAGAGUAACCUGGGAUGAACAAUUGUAAAUUCUGCCUCGUUUUUGAUAGAUAGAUAGAUAGAUAGAUAGAGAGAGAUAGGCUCCAAUUUUGACUUCACCCACUGAGGUUCCCCUGUAAAUUUUGAGUUCAUCCACUGUAACCAAACGUUUCUUGUGCCCAUCAGAUUUCAAUAUUGAGACAGUCUUAUAGGCCUUUUUCUGGAUUUUGUGGUCAACAUUUCACUUGACAAGUUGAUUUUCUUUGUCAACUUUGCCC